AUUUCGUCGGCAAUAGAGGCUCGCAUUAUCUAUCGUACACGAGUUGAUCAUCUUCGGUCUGCUCCGUGGGCUCGCAGCGUUUUGCUCGCAGAAUAGAAGCACUGCUCGAACGUCAAACGCCAGGAAGCGUAUCCAAGUCACCUUAGAUCGACACGCGUUGCAACUCGUUAGGUAUCGAACACAUGUUACCAGCCACCAUGGCUCUCCGAUCCCAGUACCCGCAGCGUCAUGGACGACGAUCAAUAGAGAGCCGGUCAAUUCGACGGCGGUUGCGAUCACGCUUCUCACUCACAUCCAUGGCUACUGCUCUGCUCGCAACAUCGUCAACAUGGAGGAGCGGUACAGCAGCCCAACAGAUCCCCCUUGCCGCGCCUUCUCUGCAAAUCAUUGCCGCCCCGGCUACGCCGACCAGCGCCAAUGCGACAGGGCCACCUAUCCCCGCCCUCGAUAGCACUGCGUACCCUGUCCCUUCUCCUCCAAGUGCAGCGAUUGGGACAACGCAGCUGAACCUCGCUUAUGGUCAAGGUGAUGCGCCGAUCUACCCUGGUAUCCCUGUCCUCGGCAACUUCCUUGGUCUUUCCAUCGAGCUAUCCGUCGUGGACGAGAUCAUCGGCAAGACAUCCCAAAAACUAAACAUUUCAUUCUUGAACUACAUCUCUGCGCUGGCCACCCGUUCUGGUAUGGGCCCCAUUCUCCGUAUCGGUGGCAACACGCAGGACACGGCCAUCUACAACGCCACCUCCACCGUUUCAACGGAUAUGAUCGUCAAAGUCUCUGACCAUGGCUACACAGACAAAGGAGUGCCUGUCACUCCUUCAAUCGAAUACAAUGACCUAGUUUUCCAGGCAAUGCAAUCCCUUGCUCAGAAGCUCAACACACAUUUCGUCUGGGGUCUCAACAUGGUCAACCACACCGCCAGCUUCACCGAGCUGAUGGUCAAGACGCUGAACCGCUACAUUUCAGACCAUGUAGACCUCAUCCUCGUCGGUAACGAACCAGAUCGGUACCCGCAGACCGGAAACAGACCCUCCGACUACGACAUCCCGACCUAUCUCGAUGAGUGGGGUGACCUCACCGGCAGGGUCAUGGGCGACUUGAUACAGCCGAAACUCUUCACCGCUCCCAACGUAUGCUGCGGAUGGACUACCUUCAGCAUCACCGAGGAGAACGGCAUGCGCGAGCGAUUCAAAGACCGGCUGAAGGCAAUCAGUGCCAUUCAGUACCCGCAAUCGCUGUGCUCUAGUAAUGGGGUACAGGGCCAUGAGUUCUACUUGAACCACACCAAUACAGUCACUUUUGCCCAGUAUGACGCAGAUGCCAUCGCAGCAGCGGUCGCCAACCAGAUUCCAUACUACCUAGUCGAGACAAACACGGCAUCGUGUAUCGGUAUUAAUGGCGUCUCGAACGCCUUCACGAGUGCCAUUUGGGGUGUUGACGCGGCACUGCAGCUCGCCUACCGCAACCACACGGGUGUAUUCUGGCACACGUCCGGUAUCAACACGAUCUAUAACGUCUUCACGCCGCCUGCGUACAACGCCACCACCAAGAGCUGGAAGACGGGCCCGAUCUACUACUCGAGCCUCGUCGUCGCCGAAGCGCUGGCGAGUCAGACGAACAGCAGCCAGGUGCUCGACUUACAAGUGGACCGGGAUGACGCGUCGGCAUAUGCCAUCUUCGAGAAUACCGUCGCCAAAAAGGUCGUGCUUAUCAACAUGAUCAACGACGCUUCCGGUGCCAACACCUGGACAGCCAACAUACCCGCCCAGAGCGGGCAGACGACUGUCAGCUACAAGCUCCUCGCCGCACAAAGUGUUGAUUCGCUUGAUGGGAUUACUUGGGCCAACCAAACAUUUGGCUACUGGAGCGACGGUGUCCUACAAGGAGCCGAGAACAUCAAGACGGCUGCGUGCAACGAUGGCCAGUGCCCUGUGCAGGUACCUGCGCCGGGUGUAGCGCUCGUCUUCCUCACGCCCGACGUGACGGAGAAAGCAGCCGUGCCGACACAGACGUUCGAGCCAUAUGGAACAGACAACCCGAGCAUCAUCGUCAACAGCAAUGGCAGCCGCGGCAACAGGCUUGGCGCGACCUCCAAGGGUAGCUCGAGCGGCGCAUUGCCCAGCUUGUGCAUUCCGACCGAUGGCAGGCUGUGGAUCGCCAUGGCCGUUUCCGUCGUCGGCGGUGCUGUGGUCGCUGGCUUCUUGCCUUGAGCAGCAUCACCUUUCUUCUUCUCGCUCCCCUCAACAUUGAGGCUCGCGCGCUAUCUUCGCAUACCUCCCAAACCACUUCUAUCAUCUACAAGGACAUUUGUUCUCUUUCAUUGGAAUUGGGUCUGCAACGAAUCUAAAAUUGUAUUUUACGGAUAUCUUUCCAAGAGUACGGGCACGGACAAUGAAACCUGGCAUUGGGAGACGAAG